AUGUUUAUAGUGAAUCGGACAGAAGUGGUGGAGAUUCUGCUGUUGGGUUUUCAAACUCCUCAGGCUUUCAAUUCUGUCCUGUUUGUUCUGUUCCUUGUGAUCUACAUCUUGACGUUAGUCGGGAACCUGCUGAUUAUCAUAUUGGUGGCCAAGUAUCCGAGUCUGCAAUCUCCCAUGUAUUUCUUCCUCGCCCAGUUAUCAUUGAGCGAUAUCCUUCUAACUACAACUAUAGUCCCCAACUUGCUCUGCGUUGUAAUUAGUGGAAGAAGCAAAAUAUAUCUCACUGGUUGCAUCACUCAAUUUUACUUUUUUUGUGUUUCAGAAAGCACAGAAUGUUUCCUUCUCACAAUGAUGUCCUACGACCGGUAUUUGGCCAUUUGCCGCCCGCUGCAUUACACGUCCAUCAUGAGUUUUAGGCUCUGCUUUGAACUCAUAUCUUUUUCUUGGCUUUUAGCAUGUUUAACAACACUUAUAAUUGCACCCCUGAUUUCUGCUUUACAGUUCUGCGGUCAUGUCAUUGACCAUUAUUUCUGUGAUUUUGCUCCUCUUCUUGAGUUGUCUUGUACAAAGCAUAGCGUUGUGGAACUUGUAGAUUUUGUGUUAGGAAUACACUAUAUAGGUGCCCAUUUUUUCUUUAUUAUUUUUACAUAUGUUUCCAUUUUUAUCACCAUCCUUAGAAUUUCCUCCAGCAUCGGGAGGCAGAAAGCCUUCUCCACCUGCAGCUCUCACCUGACCGUAGUGUGCGCCUUCUAUGGGACUAUAAUAAUAGUUUAUAUGGCUCCUUCCAAAGGGGAAUCAAUCAAUUUAAACAAAGUGUUAUCUCUUCUAUACACAGUACUAUGUCCAUUUUUAAACCCGAUUAUAUACAGUCUUAGGAAUAAGGAUAUCAAAUUGCUUUUGAACAAGUUUAUUCUGAAUAGCCAGAAAUUGAGCAAGAUAUAA